GCUUCUUAGUCGGGUCCCUUAGCAGGUCCCUUCCAGGGUCAUCUAGUAGUUUCAACAUGCGGCCCCCCCAUACCGGCCCCCGCUUCACUUUGCCAAUGUGCUAGCAGUUUUAUUGCUGCCAGGUCUGCGAAAAACAGAUGUGGAGAUAGACAUGUCCUUGUCAAUAAUGGAAUUACCCCUAGAAUGUAAUGGCCGGCUUUGGGGGGCGGGCGGGAUGUGCACCGGGAAGUUCUGUUCCUGCCCUCUAGGGGGCAGCGGUGCUCACACCUUCGCAGGGCAUCCUCUGGCAUUCAGGGGGCGGAGUGGGAUUCUUGAAUGAGCUCCUGACCUUGAGUGCAGGGGCUGCCAAACUUUGUGGACCAAGAGGCACAUAGUGAAGUUUGAGAAAAUGCUGCGGGUGCCACAAACUGGCUGCUAUUUGGGGUUUGUGGCAUAACAAAAUUAGAAGAGGGUCAUUUGCUGUUGCUCUUCACACCCAGACAGCGUCAGGUGUUUCAGGUGCAGCACAUGUGGACCACUCUGGACAGUCCUGGACCAGCUGAGUGGCUCCACGUACAAAUCCAUCUGUUUGGGCAUUUGGUCGGCAGCAUUCCCAGAUGAAGUGCAGCAAGGAGUCCCAGUGCUGUGGCACUUUUGAGUGUGAGUUGUGUGGAUUAACUGCCCCGUACAGCUACUACGGGCAGAAACCUCCAAAUGCUGCCUGUGUUACCCUUCUGGAGGAAUGCUAUGUCAUGAAGGAUCCAUUCACCUCUGACAAGGACAAAUUCCUCAUACUUGGGUCUCAGUGCAGUUUGUGUUGCAAGCAUGUGUGUGUUGGCACAGACUGUAGCCUUUUCUACGCAAAAAGAUUCUGCCUUCCCUGUCUUAAGUUACACUUAAAUGAGUUUCCAGUGGAAAUAAGGCAAGAUUUGGAAAAGAAAACUCAUUCUCAACACCAAUCUUCAAAAAAGGGAGAUUCCAGGACUUUGAAGAAAAACUAGGUUGCUUUUGGCCCAAGUGUUUUUUUUUGGUAACAAAUAAAUAUAAAGCUGUGUCUGAUGAA